AUGUCUUCAUCUAAUGAAACUUCUCCAACAAGGGGAAUUUCAUCUUGGUGGAAACAAACAUUCAAGAAAAAUCAAUCAAAUGAUAGUUUAAACUCACCUCCUUCUCAAAAUAUUGAUGAUGUUUUGAAUCAUCAACAUAGAAAUUCAAUUGAUCAAUCAUCAACUCCAUUAACAAGACCAACUUUAAGUUUUAAAUCAAAAUCUUCAAAUAAUGUACGUCCAACUCAUAAUUCUUCAUCAUAUCAAUCAAAUUCUCAAAAUGAAGAUUUUAUAAGACAACAACGUGAUUUUUUCAUGGCUAGUCAAAAUCAAAAAUUUGGGUUUGGUAAUGAAAUUUUUGGUGUACCAUUAGAAGAAUCAAUCAAGAUUGCUGAAUCUUUAAUCUCUGUACCAAGUGAUGAUCCAAAUGAUUUUAUUCAUUAUGGUAGAAUCCCACUCUUGGUUGGUAAAUGUGGUUCUUAUCUUAAAAAUAAAGGUUUACAAACAGAGGGGAUAUUUAGAGUUGCUGGUGCUUCAAGAAGAGUUAAAGAAUUACAAUAUAUUUUCAGUACACCUCCUGAAUAUGGUAGAAAAUUAAAUUGGGAAGGUUAUACUGUUCAUGAUGCUGCUUCAUUGAUUAGAAGAUUUUUAAAUAAUUUACCUGAACCUUUAGUACCACUUGCACUUUAUGAUGAAUUUAGAGAACCUGUUAAAUCAAGACCAAGAAUCCUGAAACAUAUCAAGACAAGAAAUGAUUCAAUUGAAAAAAGAUUAAAAAUUAAACAACAAAAACAAAAUGGUGAAAUUUUAUCAAUUGAUGAUAAAAGUGAUUCUGAAUUAACUUCAGAAGAAUUAACUUUAAAAAAGCAAAAAGCUGCAAAAAGACAAAAAAAAAUUGCAAAAGAUCUUAGAAGCGCUUUAAAGCAAUAUCGUAUCUUAAUUGAUAAAUUACCUCAAGCUCAAAAACAAUUAUUAUUUUAUCUUUUAGAUGUAUUAUCAAUGUUUGCAGAUAAUUCACAAUUUAAUUUAAUGCCUGCAAGAAAUUUAGCUGCAAUUUUCCAACCUUCAAUUUUAUCACACCCAAAUCAUGAUUUAACUCCAGAAGAAUAUGCAUUAUCACAAGCUGUUGUGGAAUUAUUAAUUGAAUAUUCUAAAAGAUUAUUACCAGAUGUUCGUAAAUAUGAAAAAAAUUCUGCAAAUACAACAGGUACAAAUGAAUCUAAUGAAUUAUCUUAUUCAAAUAGUGUUAAAAAUUCUUCAACAAAUUUAUUAUCAAUUAAUAGAAAUCAAUCAAUUAAUCAUAAAAAUAAUAGACCUCAUUCAAGAUCUUUAUCAAGUGCAGGUGGUGUACCUGAUGGUAUUAAUCCAAAAGCUUAUAAUAAUAAUAAUUCAUCUAAUCAACAUAAUCCUCAUAGUGUUAUAACUUCAUCUGGUUUAACUAAAAAUAGAACAAGAUCAGGUUCAAAUUUAAUUGAAAAUUUAUCAAAUCAAAAUCAUUCAGAUGAUGAUUCUUCAGAUGAUGAUGAUAUUUAUCAUCCUGCAAAUUCUGAUUAUCCAUCAUCCCCCAAACAACAACAACAACAAACAAUUUUAUCAACAUCACCAAAAAUCCAAAUUGAUCAAGCACCUGAUUUAGACCAAAAUCCAUCAUUACAAUCUACAACAAUUUCAUCACCAGAAACAAAUACCAUAGACCACGUAGUUGAAGGUGGUGGAUCAACAUCAACAAGAUCAAGAUCAAUAUCAGUACCAAAACAUAAACCAAUCCCAAUACCCAUUGUUAAAACUCCAACAAAUUCAUCAAAUUCAAAUUCUUUUAAAAGCAAGACAUCACCUACAUCACCUUCAUUUCAUGUUUCACAUUUUUCAAGACCAAGACCAUUAUCAAUGUUCACGGGGAAUAGUAAUUCAUCUAUAGAAGAUUUUGGUAAUGAAAGAGAAAGUAGAUGGGGGAAAGAUGAUUUAUUAGGGGUUAAGAAAGAUCCUUGGUAUAAAAGAUUAAGAAGUAGUUCAAGAUCAAGAAGUGAAAAAGAAUGA